AUGGCCUCAGUCGAGGCGCCGUUCACAGAGAAGUCGGCAACGGUGUUAUGGCAGGCCUAUCACCGUCCACGUGCACAGCGCAAGACAAUUGUCCUGUCAGUGGUCGCCUUGAUCUUCGUCUUUUACAUGCUUCACUCGUCUUCAAAACUAGAGCUAGGGCGAGAGCGAGAGCUGGAGCUGGAGCUAACAACCCGCCAGCGACCUGAACCCAACUUCUGGACCAAAUUUCCCUCACAACCUCCUUUCCCUGAGCGCCCCGAAGAUGCUCAGGUGAUUCUCCCUCCCCGGACAGAUAUCAAUGUCAACCAGACCCUGCCGCACGACCUAAGCAAGCCCAAUCCGCGCCUGCAUUUACUCGUCCCGGCCUCGCAAGGCUCGCGUGGAGUAUGUCGCACGCUCACAUCGGCUAUGAUAUUAGGAUACCCGCCCCCAACGCUGCUUGGAUACGGCCAUGACGCACCGGGGGCGACGGAGACAGAGCGCAUGGUGGAGCACAUCACCCGUGCACGGAAUUACCUCCGCGACAGCAAGAUCGUGCAUGACCGCGACUUUGUCUUGAUGGUCGAUGGACUGGAUACGUUCUUCCAACUGCCGCCACAGGUCCUGAUAAAGCGAUUUCAGAACCUCAUCCGGGCCAAUAACCAGAAACUGCAGGCGAAGUUUGGGUUCGCCGGCUUGGAGGGCCGGCCUGUGUCCGAGAAAGUACAGAAAUAUACCCAGCGUGUGCUGUUUGGUGCGAGCAAGAUAUGCUUCCCGGGAUUGCAGGACGACCCCGGCUGCGCUUCUGUCCCCGACUCUACUCUGCCUCCGGACGUGUAUGGCUGGAAGACGGACUCCUAUCCAGAUGGGCACCUGAACCGACCCAAGUGGUUGGAUCCCGGAGCGGUAAUUGGCCAAGCAGCCGAUGUACGACUGAUCUACGAUGAAGUGCUGCGACUACUUGAUCAGCGCGCGAAGAAGUCUAGUGACUACCAAGCCCUAACCCAGAUCUACGGACGACAAGAAGUAAUCCGAGAACUGGAGCGACGCCGCACAACCAACGGCGUCAAGGACUGGGUCUACCGGCGACUAGGCAUAUCCGACGCAGCCAACAUCACAGGGAUAAGCCUCCGACUGGAAACAGGCCACAGAUACGAGUACGGCAUCGGCGUGGACUUUGAAUCGGAACUCUUCUUCAACCAGAUCAUGUCCCGCAACGACGUGGAAUGGGUCAAAUACAACAACAUCACCAAAAUGUCCAUGCUGCAAGCCCAACACGGCGUGCCGCGCGAACACCGCCUGCUCCUCCCAACUGACAUAUCAGCCCUCCCAAACCCAUACAACCAAUCCCGCUUCGCAAAGGAAUCAACCCUCCGUCCAGUCUGGAACGCCACACUUGACAAACUUCCCAACCCCCACAACAUCUCCUGGCACAACAGCCCUCUAAUGACAAACGUCCACUCAGGCCACAUCCCAGCCCUAAUCCACCUGAACGGCGACAGCAAACUCCGCAACGGAUGGUGGGAGAAAAUGUGGUUCUACCCCUGGGCGCGCGCCCUGCUCCGCAAAUACGUCCGCGGCGCACACGGCUUCGACGCAGCCCAAUCUGCACUGCUCGGCGGGCAGGAUUGGCUGGAGGUGCGGGGUGGUCGGGGUGGGAUCUGGACCGACGAUGAGAAUUGGAUUACCCUUGCUGAGGUUUGCAAUGGACAGGAAAGGGAUUUGUUCGAUGAUGGACUUGGGCUUUGGUCCAAGGAGGUUGAUGACCCCGAUGAGCCGGUUUACAAUCAGUAUGGGAAUCUGAUUUCGGGCAAGGAGGCUCCGGAGCGGGAUACGUUGUUUUUGUAG